AUGGCUGACUCAUCCUUCGACUUCGACUGCUCCUCCUUCUCCUCCCCCAUCAACUCUCGUCGCCGACGCCAUGUCACUCCAGCCACGUCGCGCCAUGCAUCCCGCACCUUCACGUCUCUCAGCUCGCGUCAGACGUCACACAGCCACACCCCGAGGCGGUUUCCCCACCCUUCGCCUGCCACACCGUUUGGGACGGAUGACGACAGGUCAUGGCAGGGCGAGCUGUCCUGGCAGUUUGAGCCGACAGGGUGGCGGGAUGGCCAGAAUCUUGGUGUGGCCCUAAGCCCCUGGGCUGCAACCACGCCGUCCCAAAGCCGAGUUUUUCGGCGGACGGCGAAUGACUACUACCUCUCUCGCACAAGUGGUGGGUUUCGGAGCUUCACAAAUCCUUACUUCGAGUAUUCAGGGCACGGUGCUCUUGCUGGGGGGAGGCUUGAGCUGCAAAGUUUUGUGGACAGAGAUACUAAUGAGAGUGCAUUCUUUGGAAGGAGUUAUGCUGCUGGUGAGAAUGCUAAGAUCAAGAAGGGUCAUUCAACCUUAGAAGUGAUUAAGGAAGGAAGUAACGAUGGCCGGUUUGGUCAUAAGGAUGAGCUCAAACUUAUUGGCUACAACAAAAAUGAUGAUUUUGAGAGGAAAGUGAGCUCUUUAAGUCCUCUUAGAUAUCAUCGUCAUGUGAAUACUGAUUACAACGAUGACGCUGAUAAUGACAGUCGUGGUCAUCGUCAUCAUAACAUAUUGCGUAGUGGACAUGAUUAUGGUCACGGCACAUCACAUGGUCGACAUGAUCGUCGUGGACAUGGACAUUCAAGGUACAAGGAAGAAGACACGGAUCAUGGUCGUGAUCGGCAUGAUCAUGGCGAAUGGGAUUCAGGAAUGCAAUCUCACGGUCAUGGAAAUAGAUAUAAUGUCAUUGAAAUAUUACCUCCUGGUGACAAUGAGUUCGAUGAGGAAGAAGAGGAUGAAGAAGAGCCAGUGAAGCCUAUUGGGCUAUUCGGCUUGUUCAAGUACUCGACCAAGUGGGAUUUUGUUCUUGUGAUCUUGGGGUGCUUGGGAUCUCUGAUUAAUGGAGGUUCUCUUCCUUUGUAUUCUUAUCUUUUUGGAAAAUUUGUGAACAAGAUUGCUCUAGAAUCGAAAACUGACAAACACCUGAUGAUGAAGCAUGUCGACGAGGUAUGUCUGCUUAUGACUGGACUAGCAGCGGUAGUGGUGGUUGGAGCUUACAUGCAAAUAACGUGUUGGAGAUUGGUAGGGGAUAGAGCAGCUCAAAGGAUAAGAACUAAUUACCUGAGAGCAGUUCUGCGACAGGACAUUGGCUUUUUCGACACACAAGUUAGCACCGGUGAUAUCAUGCAUGGAAUCUCAAGUGAUGUUGCGCACCAAGAAGUAAUGGGUGAAAAGAUGGCGUACUUUGUUUAUCAUAUUUUCGCUUUCAUCUGUGGAUAUGCGGUUGGGUUCUUUCAAUCGUGGAAAGUAUCUCUAGCAGUAUUUGCUGUCACCCCAUUGACGAUGUUCUGUGGCAUUGCUUACAAGGCUGUCUAUGUUGGUCUAGCUUCAAAGGAAGAGGUUUCUUAUCGAAGAGCUGGCAGCGUUGCUGAGCAAGCUGUCAGCUCCAUUAGAACGGUGUUUUCGUUUGUCGCGGAAGAUAAUUUGGCUGCAAGAUAUGCUGAAUUGCUGUCAAGUUUAAUUCCCAUAGGAGCCAAGGUUGGGUGCAAGGGUGCAGGAAUUGGAGUCAUCUACUUGGUUACGUACUCAACAUGGGCAUUGGCCUUUUGGUACGGUUCUAUAUUGGUUGCUCGUGGCGAGCUCAGUGGAGGUCAAGCGAUCGCUUGUUUCUUUGGUGUCAAUCUCGGUGGAAGGGGCUUGGCAUUGUCGUUGUCCUACUUUGCUCAAUUCGGGCAAGGCACUGUAGCAGCGACCCGGGUGUUCGAAGUAAUAGACCGAGUCCCAGAAAUAGAUCCCUACGAUCCUAGUGGGAGGAUGCUCUCACAUGUUCGAGGAAAGAUAGAGUUCAGAGGAGUUAGUUUUGCAUACCCAGCUCGUCCAGAUGCUCCAAUCCUCCGCUCCUUGAGCCUGGUGAUUCCCUCUUCAAAGACUCUCGCAUUGGUGGGUGUUAGUGGAGGUGGCAAAUCCACCAUAUUCGCUCUGAUAGAGAGGUUUUUUGAUCCUAUAAAGGGCACAAUUGCCUUGGACGGUCACGAUAUAAGGUCACUGCAGGUCAAGUGGCUAAGAAGUCAGAUAGGCAUGCUAGGCCAGGAGCCAGUUCUCUUUGCUGUAAGCAUUAUCGAAAAUGUGAUGAUGGGCAAGGAGAACGCAACAAGGAAGGAAGCAAUGGCUGCUUGUGUCGCAGCAAAUGCCAGCAACUUCAUCUUGGGCCUCCCACAAGGCUAUGAUACACAGGUCGGGGACAGAGGAACACUACUCUCAGGAGGUCAAAAGCAACGGAUUGCACUAGCCCGAGCCAUGAUCAAAGAUCCUAGAAUCCUUCUACUAGAUGAGCCAACUAGUGCCUUAGACCCCGAGUCUGAAAUUAUAGUUCAAGAGGCAAUCGACAAAAUCUCCACUAACAGAACAGCCAUUGUCAUCGCCCACAGGCUUGCGACAGUAAGAAAUGCUCAUACAAUUGCUGUGCUUGAUCAAGGGUCUGUUGUUGAGAUUGGUGACCAUCGUCAGCUCAUGGAAAAGGGCGGCGCCUACUAUGACCUUGUCAAGCUAGCUUCUGAAGCAGUUUCCAAGCCUCCAGCAAAACAAUUUGACAUUGUUCAGAAGGUUGCUGACUCUGUCAUAAAUGAUAAAUCAGCGCACAAUUUAUCAGGUUCAAAGUAUGACCAUGAAGUCUCAAGAUCAGACUACUAUAAAUCCCCGCAUGACAACCAACUAGAGGAUGGAGAACCACAAAAGCCAGUGCAAAGAAACUUUCAACUCUCUGAGAUAUGGAGCUUACAGAGGCCAGAGCUUUUUGUGCUGGUAGUAGGAUUUCUCUUUGGUAUGGUUGCGGGUGCAAUUCUUUCAGUCUUCCCCUUGAUACUUGGAGAUGCCCUUGACAUUUACUUUGAUCCAGACAAGACAAACAUAAAAAAAGGAGUCGGUCAUCUUUGUUUGGUUCUAGUUGGUCUUGGCUUAGGGUGUAUAAUAUCCAUAACUGGGCAACAAGGUUUCUGCGGUUGGGCUGGAACAAAGCUCACGACAAGAGUUAGAAGCCUUCUAUUCCAUUCAAUAUUAAAGCAAGAACCAGGGUGGUUCGAUUUCGAAGAGAAUUCCACUGGAAUACUUGUUUCAAGGUUGUCAUCAGAUUGUAUCAGUUUUCGGUCAGUCCUAGGAGAUCGAUUUUCUGUCUUGUUCAUGGGUCUAAGUGCAGCAGCCGCUGGGCUAGGUGUAUCGUUCUACCUCCAAUGGAGAUUAUCCCUAGUGGCAACAGCUGUUACCCCAAUCACCCUUGGCGCAAGUUAUUUGAGCUUGAUCAUAGGUAUUGGACCGAAACUAGAUAACCAGGCUUAUGGCGUAGCAAGCAACAUAGCUGCUGGGGCAAUCUCAAACAUUAGAACGGUAACGACAUUCUCAGCUCAAGAACAGUUGAUUGAAUCCUUUGACCGUGCUUUAUCUGAACCCAAGAAGAAGUCUGUGAGGAGGUCGCAGGUUUUAGGCUUAAUCGGAUUUGCUCAAGGUGCCAUGUAUGGUGCAUAUACUCUCACUCUCUGGUUCGGAGCGUACCUUGUCAAAGAAGACAAGGCCAAGUUCGGUGACGUUUCCAAAAUAUUUCUCAUUUUAGUACUCAGCUCAUUCUCAGUCGGGCAACUAGCAGGUCUGGCCCCGGACACUUCAAUGGCGGCGACAGCUGUUCCAGCUGUUCUUGAAAUCAUUAACAGGAGGCCUCAAAUUGGCAAUGACAAAGAGAGAGGAAGGAAACUCGAAAGGUCAAAACCUUGGGAUAUUGAGCUAAAAAAGGUAAAUUUUGCAUAUCCAUCGAGGCCGGAGGUGACUGUUCUGAGAGACUUCUAUCUUAAGGUAAAAGCUGGCAGUAAGGUGGCUCUGGUGGGAUCUAGCGGGUCAGGGAAAUCAACGGUCAUAUGGUUGGUACAGAGAUUUUAUGACCCAAACCAGGGGAAGGUCCUGAUGGGAGGGGUUGAUCUGAGGGAGAUGAAUGUGAAAUGGCUAAGGAGGCAGACGGCAUUGGUAAGCCAAGAACCUGCACUUUUCGGAGGGAGUAUCAGGGAGAACAUAGCAUUUGGAAAUCCGAACGCUUCGUGGGCUGAGAUCGAGGAAGCUGCAAAAGAAGCUUAUAUUCACAAGUUCAUUAGUGCUCUUCCUCAAGGCUAUGAAACCGAGGUUGGCGAGAGUGGUGUCCAAUUGUCUGGAGGUCAAAAGCAAAGGAUUGCCAUAGCAAGAGCCACUAAAAAAUCGAGAGUGCUUCUACUAGACGAGGCCAGUAGUGCUUUGGACUUGGAAUCUGAAAGACAUGUUCAAGAUGCGUUGAGGACGGCAUCGAAACGAGCGACUACCAUCGUUGUGGCGCAUAGAAUGUCUACCAUUAGGGAAGCCGAUAUGAUCGCUGUUGUCAAAGAAGGCAAGGUCACAGAGUACGGAAGCCAUGAUACGCUCAUGGCCUCCCAUGUUAAUGGCCUCUACGCUAGUCUAGUUCGCGCCGAGAGCGAAGCUGUUGCAUUCUCCUGAGCCUCUUUGUCUAACAUUUACCAGUGGCUAUAAUAACUCCCUCUCCCUCUCCUGUCUCUGAUACUGGCAAACAGAAACUGUGGUAUCAAUCUUUUUGUAUAAUAGACAGUUUGAUGACCUCA